AUGCGUUUGGUAAUUGUGUCCGAUGCUGAUAAACGCAGGAUAGAAAUUAAUGUGAGUGAGGAAAUCAAAAUGAGCACUCUGAUCAUGGUAGCAGCUAAGAGAUUGAGUGUUAUCGAUUCCUUUUCCAAUAUAGUUUUGCGAAAAGAAGACAUGCAUUUUGCUACAAAAGAAGAGAGGACUUUAGAGGAGCUAAAUAUUAAUGAUGGCGAUACGCUUACAUUGUCGGGAGCAGUGAACUCACUUUGUACUAAACAACUCAAUCAUUUGAUUGGCAGUAUGCGUGUAAGCGCAAACAAAAAAGUUUACUCACGUAACAUUAAACUGGCGAGGCAUGCUAAAACACUGUUUGAAAACUUGAGCAACGAGAGAGUUUGCAAUACGGUCAACCGUCAUUUCCCCCAGCUUGCCACGACCUAUCUUGCACAUCCAAAAGAUCUCGGAUUAUUCAUCACUACAUUUGCUGAUAAGUUUGAAUCAAUACGUAAGUCAAGAGAAGAGAUUCUGAAUAGAAGUGUCGAGAAAGCUGUCGCGGAGUUUCCGGAAUGUUUUAAGAAAACACCAAUGUUAUACCUGAAAGCUCAUUUGAAUGGAACUGAAAUACUUGCACUAGUCGAUACAGGUGCUCAGUCGUCAAUUAUCUCCACAACAGCAGUAGAAAAGUGCAAUGUUGCGCAUCUCGUUGAUGACCGCUUCUGCAUAUUUGCUAGUGGAGUUGGAGGAAUGGAAUCGUCACUGGGUCGAAUUCUGGCAUGCGACUUAUUUGUUUCAAACACAAAACUUAUUUGUUCGUUUGAUGUUCUACCGAAUGAUGCGUGCAACGUUGACCUUAUCAUUGGCCUAGAUGUUCUUAGCAAGAAUCAAGCUGUGCUGGACUUGAUGGCUCGAAAAAUCCGAUUCAAAAAAGGAGAGUUUUUGAGCUUCAUCUCUAUGGAAGAAGCAGAAGCUGUCGCCCCAUUUGAAAAGAGGAAACAGCAUAACUAAUAUUUUGUUUGAGAG